ACGUCGUGCACCAACAUGUCUUCCAGGGCGAUUAGCACAGUGAAGCAAGUCUUCAUACUACCUACACGAGAUAAUAUACAUGCUGGAUUAUACCAACUCAAGGGUGUGAUAUACUUCGUACGGCAUCCUUUCUUGUAUCCUCUGUUGCAAGCUCGUUUGAUACCCGCUGUACUCCUCAGUGCAUUCGUUCUUUUGAAUCUCUUCGUCUGGACAUAUCUGCCACAGGUCGCGUUUCUUGCCCUCUUCCACAAAACGGGUAGUGCCUGGUUUAACGCAACGUUCCUUAUCUUGGGAGAAGGAUCGGCAGUUGUGGCGAUUCUGUUUGAAGCCUUUCUAGUUGAUGAAUCUCAAGUCGACAUCUUCGAUGCGGUACUUGUUCACAGAGGUUAUGAGGAUUUGGUCCGCCCGUUCAGACCAGUCUCAGACGGUUCUCUGAACAACCCUGUUCGUCGACUGGGGAAACCGACUACUUCGUCCGUCUAUGGCCCUUUCAACUUCCGCCAGAUAGCAGAAUUUGUUAUCCUGCUCCCGCUCAACUUUGUACCGUAUAUUGGUGUGCCUUUAUUCCUGUUACUCACUGGCUAUCGUGCUGGUCCUCUACAACAUUGGAGAUAUUUCAAACUGCGAGGGUUUGAUAAGAAACAGAGAGAAGUCUACGUGAAGAGAAGAACUUGGCAGUACACCUGGUACGGCACUGUUUAUCUCUUCUUGCAACUCAUUCCUCUGGCGAGCAUGUUUUUCCUUUUGACGGCUGCGACUAGUUCCGCUCUAUGGGCCGCUGAUUUGGAAACUAAACGUCGUCAGGCGGAAAAUGAGGCUGUCCAAGAACCCGCAUAUAGAGACAAUCUUGAUGAUGCGGCGGAGAGUGUAUGA